CAAUAUUCAACAUUCUAGUAAUUUAAAUAAGCAAAUUCAACAAACUAUAUUUAAUUUAAAUAAAACAAUUUUGGCCAUCCACCAGCGUCACGCUUCACUAUCCUCCAGGCUGCUCCUCAUCCAAUCCUUGAUCCCUACCUGUAAAAAUAAGGAGAGUGGAAGUAUCUAACACUAAAACUAACUCAUAGACUAGUACUCAUUAAUAUAUAAUCAAACAAUAUCAGAUGAACCAGCAAAUAUCAUUAUCCAACUGUACCACUAUUUAUGCUUAUAUUUCAGUUUAGUUCUUAUGCAUCCUUACUCCAUCUGCCUGCUAGAUAUAAUCCAAUUCAUACUUACUAGAGUAAUGGAAUCCAGAGGGGGUUGAGGCCCCCGCUGGCUCUCGCCAGGGGUCAAUGACCACCGUGCACACGUUUUUAACCCUCGAGACCACCGGAUGAAUGACGGCACCCGCGUGACCUUAUUCUCUAGUUUAGUCCAAUUUGUGAUUCCCAAUAUCUAAUUCAACUCAACAACAACAACAACCCAGUUAAAUCCCACAAGAGUAGGGUUUGGGGAGGGUGUGUGUACAUAGACCUUACCCCUACUCGAAAGUAGAGAGACUGUUUCCAAAGAGACCCCCGGCUCAACGUCGAAAGUUGCAUUGCUUGACUACUUGCUACUUCAUUAAUUAAAGAAGCACAGACAGUUUAGAGAUCCAUUUUGAUUUAUUCCAUCACACCCUAAAGCCAAAAAAUGGUGAAAUUUUGGCUCCAUCAGAGAUGAUGGAAAAAUCUAAUUGAACUCAAUCCACCUAAUAUUAUUAAGAGAUCAGUUUCAUAAAUUCCUACUUAACUUAUAACUAGCCAGCAAUUCAUUAGUUAGUACCUUUGGUUUAAUUUGUAGUAAUUGCUUACUUUAUGGUCAGAUUAUAAGAAGGGACUGAAUUGCAACUGUUAACAAUCCUAGGGGUCAAAUUAUAAUUUAUAAAAACAAAAAUCAUGUUUCCAAUGUAUUUGCAGACCCGUCUUCCUCCCCGCUUCCAUACGGCGAACAAGAGAAGCAGCGACUGUUGGCGACUCCACUGCGGCGACCACACUAAUUCGACCUAGCACCGGCGGCAUCAAGGACAGCAGCGUUAACAACGUCCAUCUUCCGGCGGCGAAUCAAAUCCGAACAGAGUAGAAGAACGGAGAAAGAACAUAACUAAAUUCCAUACUACGAUUUCUAAUUCAAUUCAACGAAAUCUCUACUCGAAAUCGCAAAUCCAACGUCAAUCGAUUGAAAACAUAAUAACGAAUACUAAUCUACGAAUUAAUUUUAACGGAAGAAACCACCACUCACCUUGAUUGUUCGACGACGAAUCACAAAUCAAUGGACGAAGAAAUCCGGCUUAGAACUCCGGUGGCAAACUCAAGCGAAGCCUCGGCGAUGAUCCUCCGACCUUGGUGCGUCGCGCGUAGAGAAGAAUGACGAAGAAGAUGAUGAAACGCUGCAGAGGUCUCUUUAGAUCAAGUUUGAAAUUAGAACUAUUCCAUUUGAGAAUAAACACUAGCUAGUUUCAACAUCGUUUAGAGUAAUUACUCCGUACCAGUUUCCGCCGCGAGGUUACUAUUGGAAGAUGAGGUAUUCAAACUGACGCCUCUUUCAUCUCUUUUCAUCCGGAAGCCUGACCUUCACCAUGCCCCCUUCACUCUCCGCUCUUUCUACACGUCUCGCCGUGCUAAGUUUACUCUCCGCCACAACCAUCUACUUCUUCUACAAGUCCCGCCCUCACAUCCGCCACCUCCGCAACCGCCUCAAAGCCUUAACGGAACUUCCGGCCCGAAACCCUAACCAUAGCUCCAGAGGUAAAAUAUUCUUUCUCUCUGAAACUGGCACUUCCAGAGCCCUAGCUCAUCGCCUGCACUCCUUCCUAGCCCUCAGUGAUCUGCCCUUCGACCUCAUUGACCCUAAGGAUUAUGAGCCCGAGGAUCUGCACAAGGAAAGUCUAUUUCUGAUUGUAGCUUCCACUUGGGAAGGCGGGAAGCCCCCUUCGAAUGGUGGAUAUUUAGGGGACUGGUUAACCGAGAGCUCUGAUGACUUUAGGGUUGGAGCUUUGCUGCUCUGCAAUUGCAAGUUUUCAAUCUUCGGCGUCGGAAGUACAUCCUACGGUGAGACUUUCAAUGCUGUUGCCAAGGAUUUUUCCAAAAGAAUGCGGAAACUUGGGGCAGCCGAGGUUAUGGAGGUGUGCGAGGGGGAUGUAGAUGAGGGGAAUUUGGAUUAUGUGUUUGAUGAUUGGUGCAAGAGGUUGGCUAUCAUUUUGAAAGGGGACUCUAGACCGUAUUUUUCUAACAAUGGUAAUGUUGAAGAGAGCGAUGGCGAGGUGAGUGAGCAUGAUGAUUAUGAUUCUGAGGUAGAAGAAAAUGUAGAGGAUAAGGGGAUUGUUGAUAUUGAGGACAUUGCUGGUAAAGCAAUGGCUGGAACUAGGGCUAAAAAUGGAAUGGUAAAUGGGGAAACACUAAAGGAGGAGAAAGAAAUGGUCAGUCCUGUUAUCAGGGCUAGUUUGGAGAAGCAGGGGUACAAAAUAAUUGGUUCACAUAGUGGUGUGAAGAUUUGUAGAUGGACAAAGUCACAGCUUCGAGGGCGAGGAGGUUGCUAUAAACAUUCCUUCUAUGGCAUUGAGAGCCACAGGUGUAUGGAGGCAACCCCCAGUUUAGCAUGUGCCAACAAAUGUGUUUUCUGUUGGAGACAUCAUACGAAUCCUGUAGGGAAAAGCUGGCGAUGGAAGAUGGAUGAUCCUCUGGAGAUUGUGCAAACUGCAAUAGAGUUGCACACAAAAAUGAUAAAACAAAUGAAAGGAGUUCCAGGUGUCAAAUCCGACCGCUUGGCUGAGGGUCUCUCUCCUCGGCAUUGUGCAUUAUCACUUGUUGGUGAACCUAUUAUGUAUCCUGAGAUAAAUUCACUUGUAGAUGAGUUGCAUCGGAUGCGGAUUUCAACUUUUUUAGUGACAAAUGCACAGUUCCCUGAAAGAAUUAUGAUGCUAAAACCAGUCACCCAGUUGUAUGUUAGUGUUGAUGCAGCUACAAAAGAUAGUUUGAAAGCAAUUGAUCGACCACUAUUUGGAGACUUCUGGGAGCGAUUUCUUGACUCCUUGAAAGCUCUCAAGGAGAAGCAACAGAGGACAGUGUAUCGGUUGACACUAGUUAAAGGGUGGAACACGGAGGAUGUGGAUGCAUAUUCAAACCUAUUCAGCAUUGGAAAUCCCGAUUUCAUUGAAAUCAAAGGCGUCACUUACUGCGGAUCGUCUGCUACAUCAAAGUUGACAAUGGAGAAUGUGCCGUGGCAUAGUGAUGUGAAGGAGUUUUCUGAAGCAUUGGCUAAAAAGAGCAACAGGGAGUAUGAAGUUGCAUGCGAGCACGUGCAUUCAUGCUGUGUUCUACUAGCGAAAGUCGACAAGUUUAAGAUCAAUGGGCAGUGGUUCACAUGGAUAGACUACGACAAGUUUCAUGAUCUGGUCGCUUCGGGAAGGCCAUUUAGCAGUGGCGAUUACAUGGCUCCCACGCCAUCAUGGGCCGUGUAUGGAGCGGAGGAAGGUGGGUUUGAUCCGGACCAAUCUCGUUUCAAGAAAGAGAGGCAUCAUAACCGAUCAGCUCCCAGCUGAGAUCGUUUUUUCUUUCUCCUGUUUGGGCCCUACAUUUGUUUAAAAAGUCGCUCUCAUCGGAGAGAUUGAUUUUUUCGCAGAGCUCCAAAGUGCGGCACGGACGUAAAAAUGUUCGGAGUACUUUUCGUCCAUUGAAAUUAUUUUCAAUUUUUUUUAAGAAUAGAAAUUUUGGUUUAUGUUUUUUAAAUCUUCAUUCCAAUAUGUUUCCACUUUCCAAUUGUCUAAAUCUCUGCUAAUGGUAGCCGGAAUUUCCAAAUGGAAUGGAGGGCGCAAUUGCUAUGACCUAGUCAUAAAAUAAUCUCUCAGUC